AUGGCGGAAAAUUCAACGGAAACAGAUUUGAAGACGUUUAAAGAUUUUUUAACACAAUACAAUGCUGUUGCUGAACAAUGUUUCACAUCAUGCAUAACCGAUUUUACCACAAGGACAGUAAGUAACUCCGAAGAGCAGUGUUGCUCGAACUGUCUUGAUAAAUUUUUGAAAAUGACACAAAGGAUGUCGUUACGAUUUCAGGAACAUCAAUUGAUUCAGAGUGAAGCACAAGGACCAUUAGGAUUAAAAUAA